ACUAAUCAGGCAACAUGUUCCCAAAGUAUACCAGUCCGUCCCGCAAACGAAAAUCCCCCAACGAAACGAUGGUGCUCUGGACAACCUGAAGAGACUCCGUUUUUGACAAAGAAAUCUUUUGUCGGUCGGGCAUCUGUUUGCUUUUAG